AUGAGGCUAAGGAAUUCAAUGACUUCAUUGGGAUCAUCAGCUACUGCUACAACUGCCACCACUCAUUAUGUUGAGACGGAAGAGGAUGGUGCACAGGAUGAAGAAGACGAUCAAGACUCAAGACUACUUCGUACAUCAGCACAAGAGGCAUACAGAAAUAAAGAUGUUGCAAAGUCAAAGGCUGCUCAUCGUAAGAUUGAUGACGAACCACAUAAGAGCAAUGCAUUUAAGAAAGGAUCAAUCAAAUACUUAAAGUCAGGAAUAGGCUUUGGAUCAUAUGCUAUACUAUUCUGUAUUGCAAUAGUCAUCGGACUUGAAGCACUAUUCAAUAGAUUCAAUCAACACAACAUACAACAACAACAGAAUGCAGAUAACAACUUAGUACAACGAUGGACUAGCGGGCAUGACUGGGACUCUUUAAUAUUGUAUAUUACAACAGUCAUACUCACGGGCAGCGGUGUGGCACUCGCCUUUAUCGAGUCGCACAACAAGCGAGUGGACAUCAAUUUUUAUGAGUCGGAGAAGAAGCGAGAGACAUGGGAGUAUGACAACUAUGUGGAGGGCGAGCAACGCGAGAUGGUCGAACUCUACUGCAAGAAGGGCAUGAAUCAAGACGAUGCAGUAGUCGUCGUCGACCUUCUCAGCAAAUAUCGAGACCUCUUUGUCGACAUCAUGAUGGCCGAGGAGUUGAACCUCAUCCCUGUUGAGCUACAUCUAUCACCAAUGGAGACAGGCCUCACUGCAAUGAUAUCAUUCUUGAUCUUUGGACUGGUGCCAUUGACACCGUUCUUCUUCUCUCAUCUUAUUUAUUCAGAGUUGCAAAGGAACAUCGCCUUCCCCUUAUUCAUACUGAUAGUCGAGUUGGAACUAUUCCUCAUUGGUGCUCUAAAGAGCAAGUUCUACGUUGGUACAUGGUGGGGAGAAGGUCUAAUAUCAGCUUGGAAUGGAGUUGUCUCUAUCUUGGUCUCAUUGGUCGUUGGACAUUCGCUUGGA